UACUACAUUAUUUCAGAAUGAGUAAUACAUUAUUUUAAAAUGAGUAUCACUUUAUUUCUAAAUAAAUAGUUAUAUUUGUGCAAAAAUGAGUAAUACUCUGUUUUAAAAUGAAUAUUAGCCCGAUGUAACAUGUACCUUUGUAGAAUUGCUCUAAUACCUCGUGUAGUCAUCCUCAAACUCCCUCACCUGCAAAAAAUUCACAGAAAAUCUGUUAUCUUGAAAAUGGCACUUCUUCACUCAUCUCUAUCCGCCACAGCAAUCCAACAAUCCCUCGCACCGUCCAUAUCUCUUCUGUCUCCCACAAGGCUACCAUUCCUCCAUGCCGAAUUCCCCCGACUUAGACUGGCCCCUGCGACCACCGCGAACCGCCCCUUCCGAACGACGACGAUUUGCAUGGGAGGCGGCCCGAGAACCUUUCCGGGCGGAGUCACCAAGUGGCAGUGGAAGCGGAUGCAAGCCAAGAAAUCAAAGCAGCUCCUCAAAGCCCGGCUGGCCAGGGAGCGCCAGAUCUACGAGAUGCGGAAGCGCGCCGAGCUCAAAGCCGCAAUUUCUGAGCUCGAGAGGCCGUGGGAGGCGGUGGAGAAGGCGCCGACGCUGUUCUCCGUCAGGGCGGAUGAGCAGCUCAAGGUAUUGGCCGACCGGUUCCAGAAGCCGGGAGGGAUCGACUUGUGGUCCGAGAAAGACGGACCCGAAUUGUUCAAAUCCGGAUCUGCCCUUUCUUCAGAUAGAAAAAUUGUUCAAACCUUCAAACCCUAUGGCAAAAUUGAAGACACCAAUGAUGGAUUUGUGAAUUCUGUCUAUUCCGGCCAAGACUCACUGGGUGAAGAUAACCAGCCACGGGGAAUGAACAAAACCAACUUCCAUGGGAGCUCAAGAAGAACCUCCCAGACCAAUUCUUUGGAUAGAGAACGAAAUGAUUUCCGUUCAGAUGAGCAGAACUCGAAGAGAAGGCCUAAGGGUCUGAAGAGUAAUUCCAGGAAGGGGAACAUCAUGAGUUCUUCUUCCUCUGUCCUGCAGAAGCCGGAUCCAGAGAAAAUCGGACGAGUUAAUUCUGCAAACAAUUUUAUAAAUGGGAAGGUAAUGCUCAAUCGUUCCAAAUCGGUAGAUAUGGUUUUGCAGGGUGAUGAUGGAAUUCAUGACUUAAGAGAUUAGAACUAAGCAUGCAAACUACUAUGGUUUUGAUGACUCAUAAAGUUUGAAAAAAAAAGGGGUUCCAGCUUAAUGCAGGAUCUGCAUUCUUGAGAUUAGAAUGCAAACCCAUUCAGAUUGUUCAUCAACCAAACUACAAGAUGGCAAUGCUUAGAAAAAAUAUAUAUGAGAGCCGUAUUUAUCAAACACAGAAGCUGGGAAUCAACUACUAAGAGGAUU